AUGCAGCAAAGAAUCUCAUGUGUGCUGGUAGACAAGCCAAAACCUGCUCUAGCACGUAGAGCUCUGGUUUACAUUGAGUAUUCGUCAAUUUCCGACGUUAAUAUAGCUGAACAAACUCGCCUCUGCUACGACGCUGCGUUUAGUGCAGCGUGGCGAAUUGCUGCACAGCUUCUUUCUAAGGCUGCGCCCAUCGGCGUCAAAUGUAGGGACAGGGUAGAGAGACUCCUUCAACGACUUUUUCGUCGGCGCAAUCUGUCCAGAAUCACCUCAUUUCUCCCUAUUCUCACUUGGCUGCCACACUACGACUGGUCCCAUUCGUUCUUCGGCGAUCUCUCAGGAGGACUCACAAUGGCCGUAUUUUCAGUACCACAAGUUAAGUUUCCCUCAAAUCAAAGUCUUUGGUUACCAGCUGUUGAUGCACGUGCUUGGCUGUCAUGGACAGCACACCGAUCAAAACUUAGCAGCACAUAUGUUGGCGGGCCGCCACAUCAAUCCACACAACCAGCGACUGAUCCUAACUUGAUACUACUCUUUAAAAGUAUUGCUCUUGCUGGAAUUACUGGAGUACCACCUGUUUACGGCUUGUACACAGCAAUUUUUCCAUCGUUCCUCUACAUCUUUUUCGGUACAUCAAAACAUAAUGCUCUAGGUGGAUUUGCUGUUCUAUCUCUCAUGACACACACGGCUAUUGAGAAGGUGAUGAUGAGGACAGCGAUCAGCUACAAUGCUACUUCGUACGUGAAUCACACAAUAGAAGAGCUAGACCCAACGUUGGACGGCCUCAACGGGACUUCGGUGUGGGUAACUUUACCAGAGUUAUUAUACAAAUGA